AUGAUGACGGCAAGCUUGGAUAUCGAGAACAUCCUUCCCAAGUUCAACCGAUAUACUCAGGCUCUAUUGGACAGGACUUUGAAGCAUGACGUUUUUCAGCCAUGUCUGAAACUCUCCAAAAACAGCGAGAAAUUUGUGUGGCAGUGCCUUCAAGUUUCCCCGAAAGCCAGGAUUUCGGGUCUCGAAGCCGCGUGCCACGAUUGGCUUUGCACUCCAGAGAAGCACCUGGCAUUCUUUCAACAGCUCGACCACAAGAUCUUGGGUAGCUGGAAAGCUCCAGCCAAGUUGAACCCAAUGCCACUGCAGCUCCCAAGUGUCUUGAUGGGAGUCUUGGCCCAAGAGCGAGAUCAAGAGGAAUUGUUGAAGGCAUAUGCUACUCUCUCCCAGCGCUAUCACCUUUUACAGACAGAGUUCUCGAGGUAUUUCGGCACAGCAGAUCUCAAGAAUAAGUCAAGCAAAAUGCAAAUCACGGCUGCAAGCUCAGACAUUCCAGAAAGCUCGGGGACAGAACCGACAUCACCAUCCCGAGAAGUGGUCGAUUCCCAUCAACCGGGCACUUGCUCAACAAAUCCGAAGCGGAAGCACGACGAAGUUCUUUCCCGCGAUAUGAAACCACAAAUCGUGCCCAGACGAGAUGGGGCCCUGAUGAGAAUCUACAAUAGGACAACGACAGGCUAA